AUGAGUGGAAAAAUCGUAAAGAAAACUAAGAGUACAAUAUCUCUAGGUAAAAAAUUAGAAAUAUUACGUCGGUUUGAUGCCGGGGAAAAAGCCGUAGAUAUUGCAAGAAUUCUUCCGUCAUUACCCGUCACUACCAUUAGAUCCAUAUGUAAUCGUGACGCAGAAAAAAUCAGAGAAGCUGCAAAACAUACAAACUCAUUUAUGGCACAGCAAAUUGUAAAAGGCAAAAGUUCUUUAAUUAUGUUAAUGGAAUCUCUCCUCUCUACGUGGAUAGAGGAACAAAAUCAACGUAAAGUACCACUAAGUAGGACCAACAUACAAGAAAAAGCUUUAUCCAUAUUUGAAGAAUUAAAGUCAAAACCCGAACAUGUUCAUAAAGACGAAACUUUUCACGCAAGUCGAGGUUGGUUUCAAAAAUUUAAAUCAAGAGCUAAACUGCACAAUGUAGCAUUAAAGGCGAUCACCGACUCGAGCCUUUGUUAA